CCCGGCCACGCCCUCCCUGGACUCAGUUUCCCAGUUUGUCCCGCGAGCCGCACGACUCCGCCCCGCUCUGGCGCGACCAGAACGAAUCCCGCCUCUGCCUCCCAGAGUUGGGGGUGGGGUGCCGCAGGCUGCAAAGUAGUUUGACACCAAAUGCGCCCCAAGGGGUAGCCCCCGCUGCGGGCCAGGGACGGAGCGGCCGGAGCUGUCGGGAGAGACCCCGUCUGAGGACCCUGCGCCGCGGUGCGGUGGCGGGGACGGUCGGCUGGGGCGGGCCUGCGAGGCCGGCGGCCGCAUUGCGGACCUGAGAGGGGAGGCGGUGGAGGCCGCGGUCCGAGUGCCGAAGGGACCGGCCCGCGGGCAGCCGCGACGCGGUGCGGCUCAACGGCGACAUCGUCACGGCGCCUGCUUUCGGCCGCCUGCUGGACUUCAUGUACGAGGGCCGCCUGGACCUGCGCGGCCUGCCUGUCGAGGACGUCCUGGCCGCCGCCAGCUACCUGCACAUGUACGACAUCGUCAAGGUCUGCAAGGGCCGGCUCCGGGGGGAGGGCCGCGCGCUGCCUCCGGAGACCCCCGCCGCCGGCGCCGAGCCGCCGAGCCAGCGCCCGUGCCCGCUGCCCGCCUGGGUCCCCGAGCUCUGCCCGGCCGCCCAGAAGGUCAGGCUGCCCGGGGCCGGCGUCAAGGCUGCCCUCCCCCCACGAGCACCGGGGCCUCCUCCCUGCCAGGCCCCAGGAGAGCCGGACGGGGCCCUGGACCUGUCGCUGAAGCCCGAGCGGAGGAGGGAGCCAGUCCGCCCGCCCUCCUGCGUCCUCCGGACACCGCCCUGCAGGCAGAUGCAGCCGGGGGCGCGGCCACCAGUGAAGGACGAGCGGGACUCGCUGUGGGAACGGGACAGCUUUGGCCCUCUGAGCCCCCACAGUCCCCUGCAGCCACCCUGCGCUCCGGCAGCGCGGCGCCUGGCGGGGGCCUCGGAGCCGCUGCCCGCCAGUGGGGUGGGCAGCCGGGAGCCGGCGCUGGACGCGGAGCGGAGCGCCGUCGCGGACGAGCUGGCGCGCGGCGGCCGCCGCCUCCGCAUGUGCCCGCUGUGCAGCAAGCUGUUCCCCAGCGCCCGCGUGUUGCAGCUGCACCUCAGCGCCCACUUUCGAGAGCGGGACGGCGCUCGAGCCCGGCUGUCGCCCGACGGCGCCGCGCCCACCUGCCCGCUCUGCGGGAAGACCUUCUCCUGCGCGUACACGCUGAAGCGGCACGAGCGCACGCACUCGGGCGAGAAGCCCUACACGUGCGUGCAGUGCGGCAAGAGCUUCCAGUACUCGCACAACCUGAGCCGCCACGCCGUGGUGCACACCCGCGAGAAGCCGCACGCCUGCCGCUGGUGCGAGCGCCGCUUCACGCAGUCGGGGGACCUGUACCGCCACGUCCGCAAGUUCCACUGCGGCCCGGUGUGAGGCGUGCGCCGCGGCGGGGUGGCGGUGGGCGGUGGGAGGGACCCAGAGCGGGCGGGGUGGAAGUCCCUGAGGCUGGGUCCGCCUGCCAGGAAGAGCCCCCCUGCGCCCCAGAAAGGUGGCCUCGGACUCAGAGUGGCUCUGCAGCCCCCCUCCUUGCCCCCAGACCCCACCUUGUGCCCCAACUGCGACUCUACCUUCCUCUCCAGGUGGUUCUGGGGCUGUCUCAAGGUCCCUCGAGCUUGGCUCACCCGCCUCGGCGGGGGACAGCCCCUCCGUCCUACCUUGGGGGCUUCCCUGGCCACCUUGCUGUCAUGUUCAGGGGACCCUGGUGAGCCUUGCUCCACCCGGUGAAGGGUGCAGGUCACAGAAGUUGUGGGUAUGAGAGCCCAGGGUGGGGGGCGGCUAGGGCUCAGCAGAGCCAUCGGGGCAGAGAUGGUGCCGCAGGGGGUGCAGUCCCCGCAGGGACGUCUGGGCAGCAGGAGCAGAACCGUCCAGAAGCUGGAUGGCUGUGGAGUCCCCGGCAGCGGUGGCAGGCGGCCGUGGUCCUGGCCCCACCAUAACGCAGCCGGAAAAAGUCACAAUUUAGAAACAAUUUUCUGGAUGCUGAGCCUCCCGAGGAAGUCAGAUGCCCACCGAUGGCGGUGGGCCCGUGAGCGAUGGGCCGUGCCACUUCCCUGCCUGGACGCAGCGUCCAGGCGCCUCUGAGCUUCCCCAGGGUGGCCGCCGCUGGGCUCGGCGGGGCUGGCCCUGCAGGUCACCGGUCCGUGCCUGGGGCUGCCGCUCGCUCCCGGAGCGGGGGCCGGGGCUGCCCUCCGCCCGAGCGCAGGGCUUAGAGCCGCUCCCGUCCCAGAAUGGGGUCCCCUUCUCCGAGGUGGGACCUGCCCAAAGCCCGCUGUGGUGGCGCAGCCCCCGCCCCCCACGCACGGCCCCGGGCAGCCGAAGCUGCUGGAACGUGGCAGGCACCGUACUGGCGUCUUGCUGGGGCCGCCCUGCCCUGCCUGCCGGCCCGCGGAGCAACCUUGCUGCUGGAACCUCUGGCUGUGGCGGAGGGGGGGCGGCAGCCCCAGGCUGUGGGGCUGGUGCAGGUGGCAGGGCCCCGGGGGCCCUGGUGCCCCUGACCCCAGGGGCUGUCUCUGCUGUGACCAGACGUGGGACCAGGACAGAGUCCGGCCAGGUUUACGUACUCUUUCCUUCUCCUGACGAUACUUGAUGUCGUAUUUAUUUGGCUCCCCGGCGCGGAGGGAAGGGCCUUCCCAGCAGGUGGACAGGGGGCUCAGGACCCCACAGGCGUGCGGCCCUCGUGUGUGGCUGCCCCUCCUGAUGGCCGGGGCUCGGAAGCCCAGCGGAGAGCUGGGGGCAGGGGCCCUGUGUGUGUGUGCGUGUGCGAGCCCGAGUGUGUCCGGCAGACGGGAGGCCCGGGCUGUGGCAGGGCCUGGUUUUCCCCAGGGGUUUCCACGGGGGAGAAACGUACUUUCCUGGGGCGGGAGGUCGGCCCGGGCGCCCGACACUGGGCCCAUUGUCUUCUGCGAGCGGCCGCCGCGGCGUGAACACGGAGGAGAGGGCUCUCCGUCUGGGAGCGUGGGAGGCCCAGGUGCCCCGUGUGUACUCGGGUGCGGAGCGGAGCCUGCGGCAGAGGCGUGUGCGAGGGAGGUCCGAGUGUGGAGGGGGGGGCCUGCGCCCAGCCCCCUGCCUCCCUUCUGCCCCCCACCCCAGGCAGGGGCUUCGGCCCGGGGUGACCCAGAGGACAGUCCCUCCGGCUGAUGGUUUGGCGGGAGGUUUUGUCUGCACCCACCACCUGUCUUCCUGUGUUUGCACCCUUGUCUCCGUGGUGACAGCCGUUAAUAAAGCCCCCCAGGUGGAGAUGCCGGAUGA